AUGACCAUGGAAUAUAGAACCCUAGAACUCAAUUUAAUUUCUGCAAAAGAUCUCAAAGAUGUCAAUCUCUUCUCCAAGAUGGACGUAUACGCUGUCGUUUCAAUCUCCGGCGAUCCUAUCAAUCCACAAACCGCCACCACUCAUAUCCACCGUAACGGAGGAACAAACCCUACCUGGAAUUUCCCGAUCAAAUUCACUGUCAAUGAAUCUCUUGCUAAUCAGAAUCGUCUCUCUCUUGAGAUCAAACUCAUCUCAAAUCGCAAGGUCGCUGGAGAUACCAUGAUCGGUACCGUUCAUAUGCCUCUCAAGGAACUUCUCGAUAACCCUUCCGGAGAUUCUUUAAGGCAAGUUAGUUAUCAGGUUAGGACAACAUCAGGGAAAUCCAAGGGGUCGUUGAAUCUCUCAUACAAAUUCGGCGAACAUGUCGGAGCUCCGGCGACAAAGUCAGAGGUGAAAGGGAAUCAUGAAUCGAAGAUGGGGAAAGAUGAACCAGUGUUGGCGUAUCCUCCACCCGGAGUGGCUGCGGGGUCUAGUUCUGUUCCGUACGGUACACCUUAUCCUCCACCGCAACAAGGGGCUGGAUAUGGAUAUCCACCACCGGCAGCGGCGGCGGCGGCUCAAGGUGGAUAUCCACCUGCUCAACCUGGUUACGGCUAUCCACCACAACAACAGGGUUAUGGGUACCCACCACAACAACAAGGUUAUGGAUAUCCACCGCAACAACCGGGUUAUGGGUAUCCACCACAACAACAACCGGGUUAUGGAUAUCCAGGGGCACAGAAACCUAAGAAGAAUAAAUUUGGAAUGGGCUUGGGAGCAGGGUUGCUUGGAGGUGCAUUAGGUGGGAUGUUGAUUGGUGAUAUGGUCUCCGAUGCUGGUGCUUAUGAUGCUGGAUAUGAUGAUGGCUUUGAUGCUGGUGGCUUUGAUUUUUAA